CUGGGCAGGCUAGGACGCGCCAAACCUCUACUGGAUACCGGGUCUUCUGCGGAGGCGCAAGCUUCUUCGCCUCUUCGCCCGGGGCGAUCUUGACCUACUGGUGGUAGUGUGCCGUGCCGUGCCUGGCGUUUUCCCCACCAGCGCGGGGUCUGUGGGGCGCGAGAAAGACCUCUCCAUCUACCCGGAGGUGGGAAACAGGCUUCUACAGGAGACACACUAAGGAGAGAGAGCAUAGUUGGGUGAGUGAUUCAUACGCCGAAGCUGUGGCUCAUGAUGAAGGAGGUGCUCUUCUCCCAUCGUAUAGCAAAACGGAUUGGUUUCCUCUUGAUGAGUUCUGUCUUUAUGGAGAGUUGCAGUGCGAAGAUUCUAGAGAAGACAUUUGACCAGUGGUUGAGAUAUAAAGAUGAAUGUAUGAAGAAGAUGGCAAAUGAUCCUUAUCCUUCAGGUCUCUUUUGCAACAGGACAUUUGAUAUGUAUGCAUGCUGGCCGGAUGGGAAUCCAGGAGCGAUUGUCAAUGUAUCUUGUCCUUUCUAUCUACCCUGGUACGAGAAAGUUAAACAUGGGGUCGUGAGCCGCCAAUGUGGGCUUGACGGGAACUGGGUGCUGCUGAACGGGACGGCGUUCUGGCGGGAUCACGUCCAGUGUAUCGAAGAGAUGGAAACCACCACGAAAGAGGAAGCAGCUCAUCGCCUGAUGGUCAGCUUCAAAGUCCUCUACACAGUGGGCUACUCUCUGUCGCUCCUGGCCCUGACCUUGGCUCUACUCAUCCUGACUGUCUUCAGGAGACUUCGCUGCACUCGGAAUUAUAUUCACGCUAAUCUUUUUGCUUCCUUUGGUCUACGGGCCAUAUCGGUGAUUGCGAAGGAUGCGUUGCUGGAGAAGAUGUGGGGAAGGGAGACCUUUCAGAUGUCUGACUGGGAAGACUUAUUGAGUCACGAGGCUGCCAUUGGUUGCCGGGUGGCUCAGGUCUUGAUGCAGUACUGCAUUCUAGCCAAUCACUAUUGGUUUCUGGUGGAGGCCGUCUACCUAUACAAGCUGCUGAUUGGUGCCGUGUUUUCAGAGAAGAAUUACUACACGCUGUACCUCUACCUUGGCUGGGGGACCCCUGUGGCCUUUGUGGUACCCUGGAUGGCUGCCAAAUACUUGAAGGAAAACAAAGAGUGCUGGGGUGUUAAUGAGAACAUGGCUUACUGGUGGAUUAUUCGUAUUCCUAUUCUACUGGCAUCUACGAUUAAUCUGUUGAUUUUCAUGCAAAUUCUCAAAGUGAUCUUGGCUAAAUUACGGGCUAGUCAGAAGGACUACGCGGAUUAUAAACUGAGGUUAGCCAAGGCCACCCUCACCCUCAUCCCUCUCUUUGGGAUCCAUGAAGUGGUCUUCAUCUUUGCCACGGAUGAGCAAACCACGGGAAUCUUGCGCUACAUCAAAGUUUUCUUCACACUUUUCCUCAACUCCUUCCAGGGGUUUCUGGUUGCUGUUCUCUACUGCUUUGCCAAUAAGGAAGUGAAAUCUGAAAUGAAGAAGAAGUGGCAGUUGUGGAAACUGGACCAUCCAGCGGUCAGCUGCAGUCAGUGAAGGAGAUAAUAUGGAAUUUGGUACAUCAUACAGCAAGAAUGGGCAGAAGCUGUUCAGAUAGGCCUUGGGACUGCUCCGAAUGGAUUGUUGCUGCCGUUUAAGGCAAUUAUGACCUUCUUUGGAAUGAUGCCCUUUGAUGGUUUGCUAUCUUCACUGUCUUGAAGCCAAAACAUGGGGAAAGAUGCUUGAUCCAGUGUUAUCAGGAGGAUGAGGAGGAAGUUCUGAAGAACAUGUUGGGAGAACUGUCUGGAACCAACAGCAAAAGGAAUCUUGGAAGUGUCUGAGUUUGUUGCAAAAUCAAAUCCAGAAAGCACACACAGGUAAACUGAUUCAGCAGGAUUCAUUAACUUCUUUAUAUACAUAACAGCACAUGAAGUAAUAUAUACAAUACCAAGAGUGGUUCUUCAGUUUCAGAUCAGUUCAGAGAGGCAGACUAGACUAGUUCGGACUUGUUUGCAGCUCCAGAGCGCAGACUAGUUUCAGUUUCCUUUUUGCACAGACUCAGAGCUGAGCCACGCCCAGACUCCAAACUGUUUCAGCUCCCAUUGGCUGAUCUGUUGCCAUGCCUAUUCAUUGGCUGACCUUGUUACCAUGUCUUCCUAGUCAUGAAUAUUCUGACAGGAACAUUUUCAAACAGCGUUGCAUGCAUGUAUCAUGGACCUUAAUUCGCUCAGGAUUCAAUUUUUAUUGGUCAGAUUUGAGUUUCGCGACAGGUGAAGGCCUUAAUGCUCGCCAGGCACGAAUACAUGGAGUUUUGCUCUUAUGCCUUUCAUUAUAGCAAGAUGUGGCGGUCCUAAGAGGUGAAAAGGCCGGUCUUCAUUUUCACUUCUGGAUCUCCUGGACAAAAGGGGAGGAAUCCGGAACAGCUUUCCAUCAACUGAUGUAGGGCUCCCCACUCAAGCAAUGGCCAACUUACUACUUAUCCAGCUCUAUCCCGGGGCCUUCCCUAUUAUCUACAUCGAGGUUCAGUGCAGAUUUGAAAAAUGUUCAGAACUUUUUUUGUCAUUCACAGGCUCAACAUUUAUCUCCAUUUUUUUCUUCUUUUUAUAUACAUAAGUGGAAUCAUGAUUGCUGAAAGAAGCACGUUUAGCCUUGGCUAAACUGCAGAAAAGGGACGCGGUGGCUCAGAUGCUGAGCUUGUCGAUCAGAAGGUCGGCAGUUCGAAUCCCUAGUGCCACGUAACGGGGUGAGCUCCCGUUACUUGUCCCAGUUUCUACCAACCUAGCAGUUCGAAAGCACGUUAAAAAAUGCAAGUAGAAAAAUAGGGACCACCUUUGGUGGGAAGGUAACAGCGUUCCGUGCGCCUUUGGCAUUGAGUCAUACCGGCCACAUGACCACAGAGAUGUCUUCGGACAGCGCUGGCUCUUUGGCUUUGAAAUGGAGAUGAGCACUGCCCCCUAGAGUCGGGAACGACUAGCACAUAUGUGCGAAGGGAACCUUUACCUUUAAACUGCAGAAAAGAAUGCUUUAUGAAGGAAUGGUGUACAGAAGGGUUUAGAGUUUAAAAAUUCCACAUCUCUUAUUUAAAAAGGAUACUGGUAUUGGACAAGCAUGGUGCCCAGCUGUCCAAAAGAGGAUGAAAUUGUAGUGUUUUAAGCCAGUACAGUAAGAAAGAACCAUAUUCACCAUUUUGUAUUAAAAAAGAAAGGCAAACCUAAAUCAUUUUUUUAAAAAUUAUUUGCAAGGCAUGACUGCCCCCCAAAAAACAGCCUCAAUCUAGAUUCUGGGAAAAGAGGAUGGUCAAUGUGAAUGAAACUAUUUUGGAAUUUCAAAAAAGCAUCCCUGCCGAUAUUGAAUCCUGACAAAUGUUAGGAAAAUAGAACUUCAUGUGAGCUUAGCCCGCCCCUGGCACGUUCCUUUGGAUUUAAAAGAUGUUGGUGCUUGUAGACAUUUGUAUAUGUAUUAAAAAGAGUGUAAAUAAAUAUUUUUCCAGCAGAA